GCCCGGCAGCAGCGCCCGCGAUCGGAAGACGGCCCGGCCCGGUCAGCCCGUCUCGGCGCGCCCUCUGCGCCCGGCCAGCGCUCAAGCGGCGCGGUCCUGGCUGCUGCGCGGCGCUCCGGGCCCCGCUUGGGCUCUCCGGCGCGGCAGCGGAGCUGCUUUGAGGAGGAAACAAGACCGGCGGGACCAUGCCGCCCUCCAAAGAUGUUGUGAAAAUUGCAGUUCAGAUGAUGGGAGCAAUCCCUCAACUCAUAGAACUCAACCAGACCAAGCCCUUGUCGGCGGUUGUGAAAGAGGUUUGCGAUGCGUGGAACUUGAAUAAUUCAGAGCGGUACGCCCUGCAGUAUGUGGAUGGCCUGCAGGCCUACAUCACGGAGUCGAACCGUGGAGAGAUUAAGAACGGGAGCAUCUUGCAGCUGAACACCGCGCCGGAUCAUGAGGCAGCGAAGCUACAUAGCGGGAUCCAGAGCAACCACAUGAAUGUAAAGACUGACUCUCUAAAGAAGCUGGCCAGCCUUUCCCGAGAUGUCGCUUUUGCUCAGGAAUUCAUUAGCAGGAAUGGCCUGAACCAGCUCUUCGUCAUUGUAGAAGAGGAGAGCAAUGCAGGGGAAGCUUUACAGUACACGCUGAUUGCCUUUGUGGAGCUGAUGGAACAUGAUUUUGUUUCUUGGGAGACCCUCAGUCCGACCUUCAUUAAAAAGAUUGUGAGCUAUGUCAAUGUCUCCUUGAUGGAUCCCUGCAUUCGACAGAUUUCGCUGGCCAUCUUGGAGAACAUGGUGCCCACCAGCCGCGCGCUUUUUGAUCUGGUCAAGCAAGAAGUGACCCUGGACCGCCUCAUUGCUCUUUUGCAAGAGAUGAUUCAGCCACUGCAGCUGAAAGCUAUGGCCCUGCUAAUUGCUCUGCUCCUCAAUGCCAGCGAGUCGGAGAGGAGGGACAUGAUGGACUAUCUGGGGGAGAAGAACCUUCGGCAAUUUAUUCACAAGAACAUCGUCCAUGCCUCGGAGCCCAUUGCUGACGAGAUGGCCCACUACCUCUACGUGCUGCAGUCUCUCACGCUGAACCUGCUGGAGCGCCGGAUGAGGACUCCCAUGGAUCCUUAUUCGCAGGAACAGAGGGAAUUGUUACAGUCGCUGCGCCAUGCUGCCUUUGAGUCAGAGAAUGAAUCUUCUGCUGGGAGCUUCAACACAGAACGCCGGCGCUCCCUCUGCGCCAAGGAAUUCCGCAAGUUAGGCUUUGUGAACAACAGUAACCCUGCAAUGGAUUUGCACCGUAUCCCACCUGGGCUGCUUGCCCUGGACAGCAUGGUGUACUUCUCCAGACACUUUCCAAGUGCCUACAGCAGGUUUGUCCUCGAGAACAGCAGCCGAGAAGACAAACACGAGUGUCCAUUUGCCCGGAGCAGCAUCCAACUUGCCUUCAUGCUCUGUGAGAUCCUUCAUGUGGGGGAGCCUUGUUCUGAGACAGCCCAGGCUUUUUACCCCAUGUUCUUUGGCCAAGAACACUUUUUUGAGGAACUCUUCUGUACCUGUAUCCAGCUGUUAAACAAGACCUGGAAGGAGAUGCGGGCGACACAGGAAGAUUUUGACAAGGUAAUGCAAGUGGUUCGGGAGCAGAUUACGAGAACCUUGACCCUGAGGCCCACGUCCCUGGAACUCUUCAAGAGCCGAGUGAACUCCCUGAACUACAGUGAGAUCCUGCGUCUCCGGCAGACCGAAAGAAUGCACCAGGAGGAAAUUUUAGCUGCACCGGUUCUGGAACUGAGAGAGCAGCUCAAGCCUGAACUUCUCAAGCUGAUCAAGCAACAGAGACUCCUGCAUCUCUGUGAGGGAACCCUCUUCCGCAAGAUAAGCAGCCGACGCAGGCAGGAUAAGCUCUGGUACUGCCGCCUUUCUCCCAACCACAAAUUCCUGCACUAUGGAGAUGUUGAAGAAGGUAUAGAAAGCCCACCCAUUGAAAGCCUGCAGGACAAAGUUCCAGUGGCAGAUAUGAAAGCACUCUUUGUGGGCCGGGAAUGCCCACAUACGAAGGAAAAGAGCUCUGGCAAGCAGAACAAGGAUCUCCUAGACCUUGCUUUUUCUGUAAGCUACGAUGUUGGGGAGUAUCUGAAUUUCAUUGCCCCGACACGGUAUGAGUUCUGCCUGUGGACAGAUGGGUUGAACGUGCUUCUGGGCCGAGAAAUGGUGAGCGAACGCACCCAGACUGACCUGGAUAUCUUGCUGUCGAUGGAGCUCAAGCUGCGGCUGCUGGACCUGGAGAACAUUCCCAUCCCGGAUGCCCCCCCAGUUGUCCCAAAGCCCCCCAGUAACUUAAACUUCUGCUAUGAUUUCACCCAUAUAGAACAGUGAAGGCCGCUGUCUCUUCCAAGUAUAUGCUGCCUUUUGCAAGCGGCUGUCCCACUGCUUCUCAGAUUCUCUGGUUUGGUUUGGCCCAUCUUCCACAUCCUGGGUUUAGAAGGACAGGAGUGUUCCAUGGGUUUGUGCACUCCCUCUUCCUCCUCACCUUUCUCACAUGUGGAUUGGUUCAUCCAUUUCUGCUAGCAGAAUCGGACAAGUAAUGGCUUUGCACCAGUCUCCAAACUGUGAUUUGCAAGUCCACUCAAACCACGGUUGUAGGUUAGUGCUGAUAAUUGUUUGGCUAAUGCAGCCAUCAAAGCCACUUAGCACAAUCUGGGGAAGGGAAGGGAGGAGUAUAUGAGCUCUAUGCAAGUUCCCAAUCACCUGAAGCCCUGCUCACAAGUGCCAAGAAAUGCACAUACAGUCUGUGCAGAGUAUGCUUGAUUUUUCUUUAUACCUGCGUUGAUUAAUUCUCAUGUAACAUUCAGUGCAGGUACAGUUGAACAUGUGAUUUAUCUAGGUACUAGUCCCUGGUUUAGUUGCAAAGUGUGUUGGUUGUUUUUUUUUAACAAAAAUAUGCACAUACAUGUGAACAGGGCUUUUAUGAAACCUGUACAUGCAUGUGUUCUACAACGACUGACUGGAAAAUCCAGUUUCAGUGAAUGGAAACAGCUUGGUCUUUCUCAGUCACCCACACUUCCUAGGGCUUGACAUGCUGUGAUUUUUCCUAGUUGAUUUUACACUAUCUUUUUUUCUCUUGCAAAUAUAAAUGCUAGGAUUACUUGAUCACGGAGAAUGGCAUGGAGAGAUAGAAAGAGGGAAACCUUUAACCCUUUUCUCCCCUGCUGUUUUCUCACCAGAAAAAGCCGCCCUUGGGCUGCCUUUAUUGGAUUUCCCCCCCUCUAGUGGGGAUAAGACCACCCCAGGGGUGCUUUUUCAAACCACGUUGCAUUAAAAUAAACAGGAGGAGAAAUCAUAAAGUGGCCAAGUUCAGUACAGUCCAAUUCUGCAGUGACCUUUCAUACAUCAUGUGACUGACCUAUAUUGUAUAAAUUAAGGGAGUUGAGGAAACUUGGAAGGAUUCUGUCGUUGUGGGAUUGAGAUGGCCGUCAGAAAAACAGUGUCCUGCUUACUGGUUCAAGCCAGCGAUUAAUUCCAAGCUCUCACUGCUUGUGACGAUAACAGAAAAUAAGAACAGACAAGGAGCCAUUCUGGAUCAAAGAGGGGCUUGGUUCAGUCCAGCUUCCUUUUCUCAGCAGUGGCCAACUAGGUGCCUCCGUUCACUUGCUAGAAAGGCAUGAAUCUUCCCAGCCAUCUCCCAUUUUCAUGACGAAUUCUGGGAUUACUGUUGACGGUACAAUCCACAAGACCCCCGAGUGAGUCAUCUCCUUGGUAUUCAGUAGACAGAAUCCGUCCCCCCCCCACUUUGCUUUUUCCAAGCAAGCCAGUGUGGCGUGAAUGGAUCUCCCACCUUGGCCGCUUCAUUCCCCUGCACCCAGAUCCCGUGUCACACAAACAUUUUCACGUUUUGCUUUGCUUAGAUGCUGAAGGUACUUGAUCUGCCCUUGCUACUCUUUGUCGAGGCAGAAAUUAGCACUUUACAAAACGGUCUUGUCCGGUUGGAUGGGAACAGUGGGUAAGGUACGUUGCGGGUCUGCCUAAGUAUCAGGAGAGAGCUAGCAUGGUGAGGGGAGGUACGCUAUCAGAACUGUAGGUCCAUUCAGGGCUUUUCCCCUAAAAUAUGAUGGCUGCAAGUUGGGUGUGGUAGAGAGAGGCUCCCACAUUCAAUAGCUUCUCUCUUAUUUGUCUAUUCAGAAACACUCUCAAAAUAUACCCCAAUGUUCCUUUCCCAUGGUACAAGACUUGGUAAGUCUAGCCAGAGCUGUGUGCAUCGGAAGCUUUAAAAAGGAAACCAAAAAAACACCAGUUCCGCAUUGGUGGAAACAGAAUGAUGUUGUUGGUGUAAAUCUGUGCACGUUGUAGAAGUUCCUUCUUUAACAUAAUUCUGCAUUGUGCUUUGCAGUUUUGCAUAAUUUGUUCCGUUUCUGCUGGUCACAGAGAAUGUCAAGGUUUAUAGCAUGCUUAUUCAGUUGCAUUUUUUGUCUUCUGAGAUGUUACCAGGCAUCACCGAGGUAUGGGCAUACAUGUUUUUUCAUAGAUGGGGGCUAGGAAGCUGCUUUUCAGUUGUUUUUAAAAAAGCAAAAGAUGAGAUUCUCAGGAAGUUAAUUUCUGCACCUGCUGCCACCUUUUGCUUUUGAUUUCCUGCUGCACAAAACUUGUGGUUAUGCACACCUCUGUUUUUGUAGCCUUUUUAACAAGCUAACUUUGAAUAUCCUAAAAAGAUCCUCGGGGGAUGUCAAAUUGAGGUUGACAACUGUGAGGAUUCCAGUUCCCUUCCCUGUUACAGGGCCAUCGGGUAGUACUUAGGGGCUGAAGCUACCCUUCAUGCCAUUCGGAUGCCUUUGGGGGCACUUUGGUCUCAGCACUAUGCUCUGCCUGGCAGCCGCUGUCUGGUUUCUUGGGCAGAGGCAGGACUUUCUUGAGACCCUUUUAGCUGGAGAUGGCAGCCUUGAGCUUAGGACCUUCUGCGUGUAAAGCCAGGCGCUCUGCUGCUGAGCCAUGUGCCCUCCCCAGCAGAGAUUCUGUACUCGGUCAAAAAGAAAGCUCGGCUCAAUCUCCCAUUGGAAGACCCUUCCUUCCGGUAGCUGUUUUGAAGAGGAAUAUGUGACUGUUUUUGUGUAAACUUUGUAAAUGUAACACAGGUGUCCUCCCCGCUUUGCCUCCAACACCGCAAGGUACUGUCUUUAGAAACACGAUGAGUCUGCUGCACUGGAACUUCCGUUUCUUCGCAUCUUUUGUAUUAGGGACUAUUGCAGCCCUGUAGCUCUGCAUCCCCUCAUAGAACCCUUCCCCCCGCCCUCCAAAGCAAGACCCAGAAAGGGACUCUGUGUUUUCCUCCUGCUCAGGUGCAUCUACUGUAACGUGUUCAUUGUGGCACUGCCCCUGGGACCGUAACCAUUAAAAGGGAAUGAUAUUGAUAAGA